CUAUGUAUGGUAACCCAUAUGGUAUGGUACCACUGGAUGGAAUGGUUUGACAUCACAGGCUAAUAUAAUAAUCAUUUUUGAUACAGUAACACUUUGCAAAUAUGACUGUAAGGGCUGAAUCAAUGUAAAAGAGAGUGAUAAAGCAAGACACAUGUACCAGUGCAGUAGCAGAGGGCAUGUAUUCUAGUUACAGCUUUUUAGGGCAGAUGAUUUGCAUAAUUGUGGGGCUGUUCUGUCCCGGGCUUUCAAGGGUCAUAAAAGAUAGAAGGUUAUCCAUAAACCCAAGACAGACGGAAAGCUGACGGUUGAUGAGUGUAGGUCAUCGAAAAGAUACAUAGAAAAAAGGGAUAUUUUUCCUCUUGGAUAAACCUGUAAUCAUGCCAUACUAUGAGGAUUCGAUUAAGAAAAUGCUCCCUAAGACAUAUUUUCGCAAACAUGUGGCCCAUGAAAUAUGCCUUGCAUUGACUCACUUCAAAAGCCUUGUGCCCAUGAUGGAUAGAUAUGUUUACAAUGAUGGAACCACCAAGGACUUGAUGAGUCUGACCGGAACCAUUCCUGUCAUGUUUGAAGAUAAGACCUACAACAUCCCGGUAUGCUUGUGGAUUGAGGAUAGUUACCCCCUAACUGCUCCCAUCUGCUAUGUCAGACCCACAAAUGACAUGAUGGUCCUCAGUGGGAAGUACAUCUCCAACAAUGGUGAAGUCAUGCUGUCUUACCUGGAGGAGUGGAAAAGUGGUGAAUGUGACCUAGUGAGCCUACUACAGGUGAUGGUUGCCAUGUUUGGAGACUUCCCCCCUGUAUGUAUGCAGUCUCAUCCAGAGCCAGAACAAGCCCCUUGUUGGCUACAGUUCCACAGACAAGCUGAGGUGCGUUCAAAGGCAGAUGGAAGUUUGUAUCUGCAUUUAGCCAGAGAAGAUGAUCUACCGGUAUCUCUCCAGGAUAAACAUGAAACCAACUGUUAGUUUUUUUGUGGAAUUUGACGAUGAUUUGUGUGAGGUCUGUGAUGAAAUGUUUGAUAUACGGUGUCAGAUGGUAUCCAUUGAUUAUUUUAUGGUUAACAAUUAAGAAUUCCAGACAAAUAACAGCAUGCUGUAUGUCUAUUUUUCAAAUGAUUUAGACUGUAAAUGUCAAGCAGCACCUGAUGAAAACAUAUUGACUGUGUUUGGUGUGAAUGUGUUGCAUUCUUUUUUAUUAUGAACAUAAACUAAUUUGGCAUUUGAAUGCCUGUGUGUUAAAAGACUCUAAUUGCUUUACAGGCAACUCAUAAAAUUGUGCCUUAAC